UAAAAAAGGGAGGAAAACGUGUGACGUUAAGAAACGUCUUUCUAUGGUCUAGAAAUGCUUGACGUCAGAAUCUUGGCAGUCUAAUACCUACAAUAACGUCACAACUUAUUAUUCUUACGUUUACGCAAAGAAAAUAUUUUAUUUCCUAAAACUGUGAAGAAAACAUUCUAUAAGCUUUUUGUCAGCAAUUACCCUGACCAGUGUGAGCAGGUAGUGGAAACAAGAUGGCGUUCUCCACCAGUUUGCCGCCAUCUGUAAUAGCCAAACAGGCUAAGACAGAUGAGUCGGACGAACCACAGAAGAAGUCGAGGGAGGACUAUAAGAAAAUGAAGGAGCUUGAAGAGGCGAGAAAAGCUGGUACAGUGCCAGCAAUGCAAGAUGAAGAAGGAAAGGACAUAAAUCCACACAUUCCUCAGUAUAUUAUGCAAGUACCGUGGUAUUUUGGGGAACACCGUCCUACAUUAAAACAUCAAAGGCCACAACCAGAGAAACAAAAAGAUUUCUCUAAACUCACACAGUGGUUCAAUAAAGGUGUUAAAGAUGGGGCAAUCACUACCAAGUUCAGGAAAGGCGCUUGUGAAAACUGUGGUGCAAUGACACAUAAGAAAAAAGAUUGUCUAGAGCGACCAAGAAAGAUUGGUGCUAAGUUUACAGGUGAUAGUUUUGCUCCAGAUGAACAUAUACAGCCAGAUUUAGAGUUUGACUAUGAGGGAAAGAGAGAUAGAUGGAAUGGUUAUAAUCCUGAUGAACAUCAAAGAGUUUAUGAGGAGUUUGAGAAAAUAGAACAGGCAAAAAGAAUGUUAAAGGAACAUGAUAUAGAGAAAGAGUUGUUGGAGGGAAAUGAAGAUACUGAAGAAAGAACAGACACACAAACAAAGGAUGACUCAGACGAUGAAGAUAAAUAUGCUGAUGAUGUUGCCAUGCCAGGCCAGAAGUUUGAAACCAAACAGAGAAUUACUGUGAGAAACUUACGUAUACGUGAAGAUACUGCCAAGUAUUUGUAUAACCUGGAUGUGAACUCGGCCUACUAUGAUCCUAAAACAAGAUCCAUGAGAGAUAACCCAUUCCAGAAUACAGGCAAGGAACAACAAACUCAGUAUCAUGGUGACAAUUUUACAAGAUAUUCAGGGGAUGCACAAAACUUUGCUAAAAAACAAGUAUUUGCGUGGGAAGCAUAUGAGCAUGGUUCAGAUGUACAUAUUCAGGCUGAUCCUACAAAACUUGAACUUUUGGCUAGAGAGGUCAAACAACGUAAAGAAGAUACAAAAGUUCAGGCAAAGAACAGUAUCCUAGAGAAAUAUGGAGGGGAGGAACAUUUAGAAGCUCCACCAAAACAAUUAUUACUGGCUCAAACAGAAGAUUAUGUAGAGUAUUCGAGACAUGGUACAGUGUUAAAAGGGGCGGAGAAACCUGUAGUACGAUCAAAAUACGAAGAGGAUGUUUAUAUUAAUAACCAUACAAGUGUUUGGGGAUCAUAUUGGCAUGCCGGGAGUUGGGGGUUCAAAUGUUGUUGUUCAACCAUAAAAGAAUCAUACUGUACCGGCCAGGCAGGCAUAGAUGCUGCACAUGAGAGAAGUCUUAUACCUGUAGAAGAGGAACAAGAAGAAAUUCCACAAAAAUCUUUAUUAGAACAACACCAAGAAAAGUCAAAAGAUAAAAAGAAGAAGAAAAAGAAGAAGAAUAAACACAAGAAGAAGAAGAAAAGGGAGAGCAGUAGUGAGAGUGAUGAUAGUGAUUUAUCCGAGGCCGAGAUGGAGAGACGUAAAGAGAAAAAAUUAAAGAAGGCUCUGAAGAGAGAAUUGGAAAGUCAGAAGAAAGCUGAGGUAUUCCUGGCGAUGGAUGAGAGAAAGAGACCAUAUAACAGUAUGUUUGAGGCUAAAGCCCCGACGGAGGAGGAAAUGGAGGCUUGGAGGAUGAAGCGUCGGAGAGAGGAGGACCCAAUGUCAAACUUUACAUGAAAUCUUUAUUCUUAUAUCUGUGAUCUGAUGUAUAAUAAAUGUUUUAACCCCCAGACACCUGUCUGAGAUAUAAAUAAUGUAUAGUAUGCUGGUCGUGAACUCAUGCUGAGCAUAAGUUUAUGUGAUUGAAAAGAGGAUGUGUUUUUAAUGAAAUACGGGUGUUUCAUGGAAGUUUAGUACAGCUGUUUGUCAAGUGUCCAGUAUUCAGGAAUUUUAAAGAUUUUUCUCAAUAAAGAUGAACGAUCAUUAGACCACUUGCAAUUAUGAUUAAUUAUUUUGGUCCUAAAAUAAUGUACUAAUAGUAUUCUUAUUUAUUGUGCUUCUAGUGGAGAACUACCUUAAUUCUUAGAUGAGUUGAUAUAAAUGUUAGAAUGCUUACAGCAAUUAUUACUUGUUUAUUUGUUUAUAGCACUAGAGCCAGGUUAAUAAUCUAUGAAGUCAGACAAUACACUAGACUUACCAGUAUUAUAUUUGAUUUUUUACAGAAAGUGUGAAAUUAUAAGUGAACUCUUUCAAAUUCAAAGAUAUCUAUAAGUAAUGUUAAUGGACAGUUCAAGUUAUCAAAGAACCAGAAGGACAUUCAGUACAAAAAAAAUAACAAUUGACAUAUGAAUUAUACACAACUUUUUUUAAUUAAAUGUUCAGUGGGAAUAUUUUAAGUUGUUGUUGAUUUAGAAUGAGUUAUCAGGGCAUUGGUUACUGAAACAGAUGUUGAUAGUUUGUUAAUUAAUAUAGAUGUGAACUCGUAUAACAAUU